UAGGGUCGCCGUUUGGCAGAGAAUUAAAAUUUGUUUUUGAAAGCAGAGAAGUCUAUGCAUAAACCUCUACAGAGAGAGUCCAUCUACAGCUCUUAUGAGUGAAUAGCUGUGCUAACACCCCACCCAACUGCAACCUAAUCGAAGUUGAACUGGACGGCCAAGGCGGCAGAGUCGAGUUGGUGAAUGAAAGCUCAGAUCAUCAAGUUGUCUGUUAUCAGACAUCUGAAGAACCAAGUCUAACCAUCCUCUCAUAGUCAUUGACAUUCGUCCAACGCACAAAAAUAACGUUCUCAAAGUCUCUAGCAGUUGAAGCUAAGGAAGAUCCAGAAGGACAGGCAUGGAAAUUGUUAGUUUCGUAGUACAAGUUGGUGAGUGGUUAUGGACUCCAGUGAAGCAUCAUGUGGGUUACUUGGUGCAUUACAAGAGCCACAUGCAGUCUCUUGAAGUUCUGGUCGAAAAGCUAGAGGCCAGGCAGAAUGAUUACCAGCGAGACGUGGAUGCGGCACUAAUGAAAGGAGACGAAGUUAAAUCCGAGGUUCAAAAAUGGCUCAAGGAUGCUGACAAGGCCAUAAUCGAUGCGAAAAGACUAAAUAAAGAAGCCGGAGAAGACAAAACAUGCCUCGGCGGCUGCUGUCCGAAUUUGAAAUGGCGUUACAGUUUAAGCAAGAGGGCCGUUAAGGAGGCAGAAGAAAUGAACAAUCUUAAAGAAGAGAAAAGGUUUGAAACAGUUUCGCUUCAAGUUCACCGACCCGUUGAGUUCGAGUCCACCAUGUCAACAGGAGAUUUCGAAGCAUUUGAAGCAACAAGGGAGGCCAUGGAUGGGGUCAUGAAGGCACUGAAAGACGAUAACGUCACUGUCAUUGCGGUCUAUGGAAUGGGAGGCAUAGGCAAGACGACCAUGGUGAAACAUGUUGGCGUGCAAGCGCGUAAAGGCAAGCUCUUUGAUCAUGUGAUUAUGGCUGUCGUUUCCCAAAACCCGAACCUGGUAAAGAUUCAAAAACAGCUUGCAGAAAUGCUGGCCUUGAAUUUGAGUGAGCAGACAGAAAUAGCCAGAGCAGGUAGAUUAAAGGAGAGAAUAAUGAGAGGGAAAAAGAUCCUGAUAAUUUUGGACGACAUUUGGAAGACAAUAGAUUUGUCUCUCAUAGGGAUCCCCGAUCACUACGAGCUCCAAAACUGCAAUUCCAAAGUUCUACUCACCACAAGGAUAUGGAAUGUAUGUCAUGCCAUGAAGAGCCAAGAAAAGAUUCAUCUCGAUAUCCUAUCAGAAGAAGAUUCUUGGGCCUUGUUUGUGAAGAAGGCAAACAGGUCUUUUGAAUCAACCAAUUUAUGUGACAUAGCAAGGAAGGUAGCCAGAGAAUGUGGUGGUCUCCCAAUUGCUUUGAUUGCAGUUGCAAGAGCACUCGGAGAUAAGGACUUGGAAGAAUGGAGAGAAGCAGCUCGACGACUAGAGAUGUCCCAAACUACCAACCUUGAUGACGAGGAGGAUGUGUUCAGAUGUAUAAAGCUGAGCUACGAUUACUUGAAAGGAAAUGACGCCAAGUCAUUUUUCUUACUUUGCUGCUUAUUCCCGGAGGACUCUGAUAUCCAAAUCGAAGACUUGCUGAAGUAUGGUUUUGGGAAAGGAUUGUUUCGAGAUGCCAAUUCAAUGCAAGAUGCCAGAAGCACAGCACAUUUAGUGGCCAAGUACCUUAAAGCUUGUAGCUUGGUUUUGGAUGGUGAACAAGAUGGAUGUGUAAGAAUGCAUGAUGUGAUUCGGGACAUGGCAAUACGAAUUGCAUCAUCUGGGGAUGGCCAAGGAUUUUUCGUAAAAGCUGGCUGCAACUUAAAGGAUUGGCCAACGAAUUCACUUGAAGACUACUCUGCAAUCUCCCUAAUGGGGAAUGAAAUUUGCAAUCUUCCUGACGAGUUGGUAUGUCCAAAACUCCAGAUUUUACUACAGUCAAAUUUUGAAGUACAGGAGAUCCCAGAAGAUUUUUUCAAAAGCCCAAAUGCAUUAAGGGUAUUCGACAUAAGUAGUACCGAAAUUUCUUCAUUACCAUCAUCAUUUAAUCUCUUAACCAAGCUCCAAACGCUGCAUCUAGAUCGUUGUCAGUCAAUAACGGAUGUAUCAAUUCUCGGAGAACUGAAAAAACUGGAGGUUCUUAGUUUGAGAGAAUCUGGUAUUGAGGAAUUGCCGGAAGAAAUUGGACAUUUGACCAAUUUAAGGAUGUUGGAUCUCACUAUGAGUACCUACAUUGCAACAAUUCCAUCCAAUGUGAUAUCACGGUUGUCCAAAUUAGAAGAACUAUACAUGCAACAGAGUUUCGCUGACUGGGGCAAGAAAGUUGAAGGAGAAGAUGACAAAACUAAUGCUAGUUUUGAUGAGCUAAUUAGCUUGUGUUACUUAAAGAUUUUGAAGGUUGACAUUUCUGAUGUAGAAUGCCUUCCGAAAAAUGUAGGGUUUCUUCGAAAUUGGGGAAAUUUUGAUAUAUGUAUAGCAGAAAACCAAUUUUAUCGGUCCAUGAAUGUGCAAUUAUCAAAGAAUACCAGUUCUCCAUUUUCAAGAGCCUUGCUUCUGGACACAACAAUCAAUACGCUGCCGGAUUGGUUUAACAGCACAGUGACGGAGAGAGUGGAGAAAAUAAUCUACAUGGAGCCUAGAAGUUUAACUGACAUUCUUGUGGAGUACAAUCAUGGGAAGUUGCACGGACUCAAGUUUUUGCAUCUCCAAGAGUGCCGUGAGAUGGUAACUUUGAUGAACACAGAAACUAGGGUUCUAAAUAAGCCUGUGCUCGAGAGCUUGGAAGAGUUGCAUGUCUUCUACUGGGACCGCUUGCAAGAGUUAUGUGUUGGUGAAUUACCGCAGGGGUCGCUUGGAAAUCUCAAGUUAUUGGAGGUGGAGCAGUGUGAAGGUGUGGCUGAUGCGCUUGUUCCAUCUAAUCUGUUGCAGAGACUACAAAAUCUUGAAGUACUAAUUGUAUGUACCGCUGGUAUGGUUGAUAUAUUCAAAUCUCUAGGGCUUGAACAAGGAGAAACGGUCUUGACAAAAUUGAGAGAGAUGAAACUGGAGAAUCUACCGGAACUGACAAACAUAUUGAACGGUCCUGCUCAGCCUGCAAUGUUCCAUAACCUUAAAACUCUGGCGAUUUCCAAGAGCAAGAAAUUGAAAACUCUCUUCACAUUCGACGUAGCUCAAUGUCUGCUGCAAUUGGAAGAGCUUUGGGUGGAGGAAUGCCAUAACUUGGACAAACUUUUCGGCCUAAACGAGGGAUUAAUUGUGCAGGAUGACGAGAUCAUUUUUCCACAACUGAAGAACUUAGCAUUGCAAAGUCUUUCAAAGCUGACAAGCGUACUCGCUGGAAGUGCAACACUUGUGUGCCCUUCAUUGGAAUACUUGCAUGUGCUGGACUGCCCCGUGUUUUUAAACUCUACUUCUGACUUCCACAGCAAUAUGCAAGUCCAAGUAAACAAUGAGCAACAUUUCCUCCUCCUAAGGAAAAGGUUGUGGGAGCAGAGGUAAUUAAUUUUCCUGGAAGAAGAAGCUGAUGAACAAAGAAGCAAGAGGAAUUUCUCAAGGUCCACAAGAAGAAUAAUAUUCCUCACAUAUUUUCCUAUAUUUUUUUAAUAGUACUCCAUUUUCGUUUCUACUCAAAUAGAAAAUAUUUUCUUUUGUACCUAAAAUACAUUUAAGUUUUAUAUUUUUGGUUGUUGGGAGAUUAAUGUUUCUAGGUUUUUUUCUGCCUACCCUUCCAUCCAUGGAUGGAGCCAGAAA